AAAUUGAAAAAAUAAACAACGAAAAUUAUCAAUAUAAUGAUUGCCUCAACUAGUGAACAACAACAAAUGACUACUUCAAGUUUUGUUAAUAAUAAAACUUUGUUUAUAAAGGAGGAAAGAGAAGAAAAUAUUAAAGAAGCAGAUGGAGAGGAGAAUAAUGGAGAUAAACAGAACUCAACAGAACAAUUACAACAACAAUUUAAUUUUCAUUUUAAUAAUAUUCCUCAAACAACGAAAAGAGAAGAAGAGGAAGAAAUUGUAAAUACAGAAAUAAAAACUCAACAAAAUUUAAUUUUUAACGAAGAAAAUAUUAAAAAAGAAGAAAAAGAUGUUGAAAUUAAAAACGAAUCCACGGAAAAAUCAGUUGGAAAUGUUUUAGAAUCCUCUUCUUCUACACAAACUACAACACUACUUAAUUCUGAUUGCUCAUUAAUUGGAAAAGAUUCACAGCCAAGCUCCUCAAAUAAUUUGCAUCAACAAAAACCUAAAUACAAACGAAGACUUGCUUCUACUAAAUGUGGAAAUGGAAAACUGAUUCCGUCUUUGAAAAAUUCUGAAACAACUUUACUGGACCAAAAACAACAGGAAGACAAAAACAACACCUCUUCUUCGUUCGAUUCCCUUUUUGAUUUUUUAAACCAACCAGAAACAACUUGUAAAAACACAAACACCAGAACAAAUACAAAAACAUCAAAGAAUUCACGCCAAACAAACACUCAACAACAACAACAAACAAAAACAACAUCAAUAUCUUCUCAACAACAAUUCUGUCAGCAAUUAGCAGAAUUAUUUACUAGUGGAUUACAACAACUACUUUCUUUAGGUGCUUCAGCUUCUUCUGCUAGCAAUAUACCGAAUCCUUUCGAUUCUAUUAGUGUAGAGGAAUUGGGGAAAAUGGUGUUGGAACAAAUGUGUAAAGAGGUUGGAGAUCAAGCUUAUAACAUCCUUGGUGGAUUAACACAACAAUUUGUCCAACAAGGAAAAGACCAGCAUCAACAACACUUUACUCCCCAACAACAACCAGAAUUAACACAAAACAUUAUUUCCUCAUUAAAUAAUAAUUUUAAUUUUAUUGUUGGAGGAGAAGAACAACAAAAACAAUUUUGGCAAACAUUACAACAAUUUUCUUUUAAUAAUAAUUAUACAAAUAAUGAUUCUGGUAUUUUUAUGGAUAAUGAUGGAGGAGGUGAUAAUGAAGUGUUGUCAGAACAAAUUAAGCGAGAAAUAAAAGAUAAUAACAACGAAUUAAUAAACAACAAUGAACAAGGGUUGAACUGCAGUUUCCCUCAACAACAAAAUUCAUUUAUUCCACUCUUCGAAAAUUUUUUCAAUCAAAACAACCAACAAACUCUUCCCUCCAAUUUUUUCACUGAUUGCCUUCAACGAAUAACAACAAAUAAUACCUCUGUAGGAGAAAGUUUUCCUCAAUUAGUAGAAAUGUUUGCAGCUUUUCAAUGUUGGCAAUUAUUACAACAACAACAAAAUAAUCAACAAACAUUUUCUUCUGAAACUCUUCCAAACACAGUAUUGCCCUCUCAAUACACCACACCUGUCGAUAUCAACAACCACCCAAUAUCAACGCAAACAUCAACAAAAACAUUGUCAGAAUCCAAACAUAAACGGAAUAAUAAAGAUAAAACAAACUCCAACAAAAAACACCAACAAAACAUUAACGAAACACAACAAAUUUUACCUCAGCAACACACAUUUAAUUCUGAACAAACAAACAUUGAAAAACAUAAUAACAACGAUGUUUUGUUUAAUAACAACAACCAAACAACUUUUAAUGAACAACAACAAUUAAUUACAACACUAAUUUCACAAUUGUUUGGCCAACAACAAAACAUCCAAACAAACAUUCAACAAAACACCGAACAUCAAAACAUUCAACAAAACAUCCAACAAAACAAUCAACUUGCCUCACCAUUAUCUCUAGGGUUUUUGCCUUUAUUUAAUUGUGACGAACAACAACAAGAAUUUUUAAAACAAAUGUUUGAGCAACAACAAAACAUUAACAACAACAAUAACAACAUUUGUUGGAAAGAAAACAAAGAAGAAAAUAAUGAGUGUCAAAUGAACAUUGAAGAAAAAGAGGAAAAUAGAGAAGAAUAUAAAAAUGAGAAUGGACUUAACAUGUUGUCUGUUAAUCAACAACAAAAACACCAACAAAAACGGCUCAAAAAAAUUUCAAAAAAUUCUUCAAAUAUUCAAAAAAUUCCUACUACUUGCUCUUCUUUAAAUAUCCCUUCUGUUACAGGAGCAUUGACCGUUAAAAGCGAAAAAUCGUUAGGUGCCCUUCUUCUUCAAGAUCGUGAUGGAAUCGAACGUAUAGAAGAAUUGGACGAAUUGGCUGAAUUUUCCAAUUGUUUUAAGAAGCAAAGAAUUAAGCAUGGUUUUACACAAGGCGAUGUUGGUGUUGCACUUGGUAAACGAUAUGGCACAGAUUUUUCACAGACAACUAUUUCCCGCUUUGAAGCACUCAACCUUUCCUACAAAAAUAUGUGCAAAUUACGCCCUCUUCUAGAAGAUUGGCUACACGAAACUGAUCGUCUUAUAACUGCAGGUGCUAGUGUUCAAGAUAUUAUGGAAGGUGUGGCGAUACAACGAGUGACAAUGCUUUCAUCGAAACCGGCAUCUUCCUCUUUAAAUUCUAAUGUUGUCUCAUCAAGUACUGAUGGAUUCCCUCAAAUGUUUGAACAGGUUGUUGUUGUCAAUUCUACUACUAAAUUGUUGCAUUUAUUACAUGAUGAUCAAAUCAAUUUGGCCAACCAAAAAACUUUUUUUAUUUCUUCUCUUUCAAGAAGAAGACCAUUUUUACCACCUAUUUAUUCAAUGACUACUCAAACAAAAAUUGAAUUUGAGUCGAAGUUGCCUUCACUUCCCCCUCUUCCCCUUCCUCCUCUUUCUUCUAUUCAUCUUCCAUUUACUCUUCCUAUUCACCCUCGUCUUCCCCUUCCUCUUCCACCUCCUCUUCCAUUGUUUUCUAUUCAUUCCCCCACCCUUCCUUCUUCUUCUUCCCGUCUUCCUCUAUUUUCUUCCAUUUAUUCUUUAUCCCCCAAAAUGUCUAUAUUAUCCUCCCCUCAUCUCAACAAUUACUCCAAUGAUUUUUUAAAUCGUAUUAAACAAUUCCCCUACAUUGAUGACAACAAUUUAAAUCAAAAUAAUAAACAACACAACAAUAAUUGUUUGAUCUGCAAUAAAAUUGUCAAGUCUCUUCCUCAAAAUCAUUCUCAAAAGUCGAAGAGAAAAUAUUUUUUAAGUCAACGGAUUAGAACAUUGUUUUCUUUUGUUUGUUGCUUCCGUCCUUUAUUUGAAUUAAAGGAAACUAAAAAUAGUAGAAGAACAAUGAUAAAAUCAAAUGAAGAGGAGGAAAAAGGAGAAGAUGAAGAAAAAGGAAAAGAUGAGGAAGUGGAAAGAGAUGAAGAGACGAAAGAAGAUGGAAAGGAGGAGAAUGAAGAUACACAAAAGAAUGGAAAUGAAGAAAUUGGAGAGGAAGGAAUGGAAGAGGACGGAAGAAGAAGAGUUGCAGGUCAAAAUGAAGGAGACGAAAAGGAAGCGAAAGAUGAAGAAAAUCAAAUUGAUAAAAAUGAAGAACAACCUCAAUCCUCUUCUCAUCCACUUGAAACUUUGCUUCAUUUUGAAGAUGAGGAGGAAGAAGAAUGUAUCGUCUCAGAAUGUUUUCAAAUAAAUCCAAUAGCUAUAGACGAUCCGUUUUUUAAUUAUUGGAAUAACCAACAAUGGAAUUGUCAAGAACGCCCAGUACAAAUUGAUUUGGGAUUUGCUGAUCGAAUAAAAACUUUUUGGAACGGGGACUGGUGGAAUAAUACAAAAUGGUCUUCUGGGACUGAUUGGCAUGAGCUUAUAGGGAAUUUAGAGUUUUCGCCUGUUUAUGGACAUUCUGAAGCAGCUAACGGUUUGUGGAGUUUACCAGAGGUGUGCCGAAACACUAAUUUUAAAAGCGAAAGAUGAAAAGGCGAAACUGAUUUUAAAAGGUGAAAGAUGAAACGCGAAAGUCAAUUUAAAAGCGAAAUGCGAAACACCUAAAAACUCGAAAUUCUACAAAAUACGAAACGGCACACCUCUGCUGUUCACAAACACAUACCCCUUAAUCUGCAAACCAUUUUUAGAUGAAUGGAAUAGACAAGAAUGGAAGAAUAAUCAUCAUUCUGAGGAAGAAAAUGAAAAUAAUAAUUCUGAAGGAAUAAUUUCUUUAUUUUCUGCGGCGGUGGCUUUUAGUGCAUUUACUGAUACG